GAAAGAGAAGUAUAGGAAUGAAAGAGGGAGAUAGAGAGAGAAAGAAGGAGAGAAAGAGGAAAGAAAACGAGAAAGAGAGUGAGAGACAAAGAGAGAAAAGAGAGAGAGAGAGAGAAAAUGGAAUUUCUCUAUUUCACAUGUCCUCACUUUCUUCAUUACAGAUUAAUAAACCUAUUGAUGGAUUGGGAACAACUCCUUUAAUCUUUGCCUGUAGAGAGGGCGCCGAUAGAAGAAUCAUCGAAAUAUUGAUAAAAGCUGGUCCGGAGUUAGGAGCGAAAGACAACUGGGGUGGUUGUACAGCUUUGCAUUGGGCUGUUCUCAGGAAGCACCUUCAAGCUGUGGAGCUAUUACUCUCUCGGGGCAGCAAUGUCAACGAGAAGAUCAACUGCGGAUAUACUCCUCUGCAUUUGGCUGCAAGUUCAUCUCCGGAAUGGACAGAUGGUGUGAAAGCUAUAAUGAAACAGCAAGCUGUUGAGGUUAAUCCUCGAGAUGUAAAUGGUCAAACGCCGCUGCACUUGGCCUGUUCGCAGGGAUACUUUCACACUGUCGAUCUUUUGUUGGGUCACAAUGGCAUCGAUGCCAAUGUGGUUGCCAACAAUGGAGACACACCACUGCAUAAGGCAGUUCGGGGGCGAAACUAUAAAGUGGUGUGUGCGAUGUUGAAGCAGGGUUCAGUUCAGUUGGAUAUUCAAAACAAUCAGAAAAGGACACCAUUGCUUGAAGCCGUUUCCCAGGGUCACCUCGGCAUGACACACCUGUUAAUAGCCCUGGGUGCAGACAUAAAUGCUGUUGAUGGUGAAGGUAACAGCUGUUUGCACCUAGCCAUGGCAACAGAAGUGUUUAAUUCCGAGGAUGCACCCUUGGAUUUACUAAACGAAUGCUGUACUGCCCUUAAGAUGAAAAAGAAAAGAAGGCUCUCUGGUGUAGUGGUUGCGAGAUAUCUCGCCAGCCAGGGAGCUGACUUCCACCAUAGAAACAACAACAAUAACACACCAUUGGACCUCAUUAAGGACCGAAAUUUGAGAAAAAAAUUUAAAACAUUUUCAACACCACAGUAAUGUUUUUGUCAAAGGCCACACAAUAAACAAUAUGCAGUUGUCA